AUGCCGCUAUUCAUACAAAUAUUCGCCUUUGUUCUUUCCCUUUGGGUCAUUUCAAUAUCCUUUAAAUGGAUUUUGUCAAAUUCAUUAUCAAAAAACAAAAAAAACUUACCACCAUCUCCGUGGAAGCUCCCGUUAAUCGGAAAUCUCCACCAGCUAGGGCCGAGCCUUCACCGGUCUCUCAUGGACAUGGCCAAAAAACAUGGUCCACUCAUGUUGGUUCAUGUUGGCAGCGUACCGAUGCUUGUAGCUACCUCAGUAGAAGCAUCUCAAUUAAUAUUGAAAACACAUGAUUUAAUCUUUUGCAAUAGACCUCAUUUAAAAAUCGCCAAUAAAAUAUUCUAUGGCCUCAAGGACAUAGCCUUUGCUCCUUAUGGAGAACAUUGGAGACAAGUGAAGAGCAUUGCAGUGAUCCAACUCCUAAGCAAGGCACGAGUUCAGUCAUUUCGGAAAGUGAGAGAAGAGGAGACAGCUAAUAUGCUCCAUGAGAUUGGAGAAAGUUGUGGAUCUUCGGUUAAUUUAAGCGAUCUGUUUGUUGCACAUACAAAUAAUGUGGUUUGUAGGGUGGCCUUGGGAAAGACAUAUCGCGGGCUAAAGUUUAGGAACUUGUUGUCAAGGUUAAUAGGUCUCUUGGGUUAUUUUAGCAUUGGAAGUUAUAUUCCUUUGUUGUCGUGGGUUGAUCGCUUGAGUGGUAUAGAACGCAAAACAAAUGAAGUUUGUAAAGAAUUUGAUGACCUUCUUGAGGGUGUUAUUGAAGAACAUAUAAAGAAAAGAGAGACAAAGGAAGGUGAUCAAAAAGAAGCUCAAGAUUUGGUAGAUAUCUUGCUUGAUGUUCAAAGAGAAAGUGCAGGCGGCUUUGUGAUUGACAAAGAUACCAUUAAAGCUGUCAUAUUGGAAUUAUUUGCUGCUGGAACAUACACAACAUCAGCAAUCAUAGAGUGGGGAACUAGCGAGCUAAUAAGACAUCCACGUGUAAUGAAAAAGCUACAACAAGAAGUAACAGAGAUAGCAAACGGAAGACCCGUGAUUACUGAGGAUGAUUUAGACCAAAUGAAUUACCUAAAGGCUGUUAUAAAAGAGACCCUUCGGUUCCAUGCUCCAGUUCCACUACUUGUUCAGCGAGAAACCACUCAAGAUGUCAAACUUAUGGGUUACGACAUCCCAGCAGGCACAUCGGUGGUCAUCAAUGCUUGGGCGAUAGCAAGAGAUCCAACAGUGUGGGAAGAACCAGAAGAGUUUACACCCGAAAGGUUCUUGAACAGUUCCAUUGAUUAUAAGGGGUUACAUUAUGAGUUCACUCCAUUUGGCGGCGGACGAAGAGGGUGUCCUGGUGCUCAAUUUGCUAUAGCAGUUAAUGAGCUUGCUAUAGCAAAUUUAGUAUAUAAAUAUGAUUUGGCAUUGCCAAAUGGAAAAGCAGGGGAGGAAUUGGACAUGACUGAGAUGCCAGGGAUUGCUGCCCAUAAGAAGUCUCCAUUACUUGUUAUGGCGACUCCUCGAUUCUAGUACUUAAUUAGUUAUUAUGUUGCAAGUUUCGAACAAUCCUAAUUAAGCAUAUCUCUUUGAAGUAUGGAUGGGAUAAAUAAAAUUAAGGUUAAGUUAUUAUGUUGUAUCUUAGAAAAUGUUGUUACAUUUGCAUAUG